AUGCCUCAGCCCGCAGGUUCGACCCAGGAAUACUGGCUGCCAGGCUAUGGCCUCUCCCGGCAUAUCGUGCUUCGACAGUUGCAGUACUUCUUGGGACCUUCUGCCACAGUCAGACCAUAUUCCUACCAUGGUCGAGAAGGCUACCUGAUCAACGGCACUCCUUUGACAAAGGAACAAAUCGAAGAUCUCAGGCGGCAAUCUCGCGAAUACGAAAGGCAGCAAACAAUUCGGAUGUCUGGCAAAGCUAUCGCAGCCACCGAUUCGGCCGAACCCGACAUCAAUGAGCUGGUAGUUGUGGCCGUCGGCCGGCGGAGCAAUCCGGUAAACGAUUCGAAAUCCUACUCGCCCUAUCAGCGGACCCGAUGA